AUGGAUGUCAAGUCGCUGAAAGGUGCCAGGGCUAAGAAGCUGGGAAACCUGACCAGGAUCAGGAGACGUGCCUUCAUCAUCAUCGAUGCAAAGGGAAGCCGAACCCAGCUAAGCGAACUAUUGAAGGAUCUGGAUCAGGCCUUGGAGGCAAUUCAGGAGGUGAAUGAGCAGCAAGUCAGGAUAGCCCUGAACUAUGCUGCUGUCUCCAAGCAGCCUGGCAGGCAGCCAACAGGAAGAAGUGCCAACGAGGGGAGGAAACAAGGAGGCGCCAUGGAACGGACAGUCCAGCGAACGGCACAGGUGACGGAGGCUCAGCACAUGUCGGGCAAGGUCUGCAUCUGCUGUGAAGCUCUCCAUGAUGUAACAACCUGUCCCACGUUCCUCAGCAAGCCUGUGGACGAGAAAGCCAUCCUUGUCUCCAAGUCCGGAGCAUGCUUCUUCUGCCUGAGGAAAGGUCAUGCAGUCAGACAUUGUCGUUUUGCAAAACGAUGUAACAUCGAGGGUUGCAAGAUGAAGCACCACAGGCUGCUGCAUGGCAGCAAGAGGGUCGGCGUUCAGUCCAGUAGCCAGGUGCCAGGCUCUGAGCUGGACGGACAGCGAGUGGUUGCUGCCGCAUCUCUGGGUGGCAAGCCUGUAACAACUCUCCUGCAGGUGGUGCAGGUCACCAUUGUCGGCAAAGGUGGUAAGACCAGGAAGGUGUGUGCGCUCCUUGAUCCUGGCUCUCAGACGUCCCUGGUUGCAGAGGAUGUUGUUGAAGAACUUGGUCUGGAGGGAGAGCAGCAGACACUUCGGCUGCGAAACGUGGAAGGCAGUGGCUCCCAGCAGAGGACGAGGAGGUUGCAGUUGCAGCUGAUCACUGACGGAGAUGAAGGCUACGCAGUUGUAGUGCCGGAAGCCUUCUCAGUGAAGGAAAUCAAUCUGACGGUGCCUCACUUCCCAGUGAAGCACUGGCAUCAUGUCCAGGGCCUGAAGCUACCGGACUGCCGUGGACGGAAGGUAGAGCUCCUCUUAGGGGCUAACGUCAUCGAGGCAGUUCUCCAGCUCGAGGUGAGGACAGGAAACCCAGGGGAUCCUGUAGCAAUCAGGACUGUCUUCGGUUGGACGCUCACCGGAUCUGUGGCUGAGCUUGUUCCCAGACAAGUGCGAGAUGUGAUGUUGAUUCAUCGGGCCACUGAGGAAUCGGAUCUUUGUGAUGCUGUGAAGGAUUUCUGGGCUACUGAGUCGUUCGGCAGUAUGUUUGAAGGGCAAGUGUCUCGUUCACGUGGUGACAUCCGAGCGCAGGCUACUCUCAACGAGAUGACAAAGCUGCGAGAUGGUCACUAUGAGGUCGGAUUGCUGUGGAAGGAAGACGGCGUGAAGAUGCCUGACAACAGGAAGAUGGCCGAGAGAAGACUGCAAUCGUUGGAGAGGAGCCUGUCUCGUGACCCAGCAAAAGCUGCCGCUUAUGAAGACGUUCUGAUGGGCUAUGUGACGAAGAACUACGCCCGCAAAGUGUCACCGGAGGAGCUGGCCAGGCCCAGCGAAAAGAGAUGGCUGCUCCCCCAUCACGCGGUAAGCAACCCGAACAAGUCGAAAGUCCGCGUAGUGUUCGACGUCGCUGCCCGCUGUGAAGGAAUCUCCCUCAACGAUGCCCUCAUCACCGGCCCUGAUCUCCUGCAAAGUCUGGUUGGUGUUCUGAUCAGGUUCAGACAGGAGAGAGUGGCGCUCGUGGCCGAUGUGGAAGCAAUGUUCCACCAAGUGCGGGUGAGAGUGGAGGACCAGCCGGCGCUGAGCUUCUUGUGGCGGCACAUGGAUAGGAGCAGACCUCCAGAUACAUAUCAAAUGAUGGUCGUCAUAUUUGGCGCCCGAUGUAGCCCGACCCUGGCCAACUACGCUCUACGAAGAACGGCGGAGGACCACGAGGAGGACACAGAUGAGUCGAGAGCCACUGUUGAAUCUGUCAAGCGCAACUUCUACAUGGAUGACCUGCUCGUUUCGGUUCCAGAUGUAGAACAGGCGAGGAAGAUGCGUACGAACGUGACUGAGCUGGUGGCCAAGGGCGGUUUCCGUUUGACGAAGUGGACCACGAACAAACCAGAAGCUCUCCAAGGUGUCCCAGCUGAUGAAAUGAGUGCAUCCGGGCUCGACUUGGCGCAUCUCGGCCAGGGCACUCAGCGUGCUCUGGGAUGCGUCUGGAGGCCUGGUAGCGAUGCUCUCGGCGUGAAGGUAACAGACAUGGACGUCCCAGCUACCAAGCGUGGCGUUCUAAGAAGACUGUCUAUGGUCUUCGACCCUAUUGGAAUCGUCUCGCCGUUUGUUCUCAGGGUCAAGCUGCUCGUCCAGCACCUCUGGAAGCUGAAGCUCGACUGGGACUGCCAGCUGAGCGGAGAAGAACUCCUGGCUUGGGAGAGCUGGCUGUCGGAGAUGCCGCAUCUCGAGACCAUCGAGAUCCAGCGAUGCUACGCGGCUGAUGUUCCGCCGGAUGGAUCGCAGAAAUACAAGAUUCAUCAGAGACUGAGCAGUGGCACCAUGUUCCCGACGGGCACUGCACGCAGGUCUGGAGCAGACGCUCAGUGA